AUGAAGUUUCAUAAUAUUGAUUUCGUACAAGAAGCUUUGGACGAAGCUAGAAAAGGUAGAACGUGUAUAACGAUCGCUCAUCGUUUGUCUGCCGUCCAAUCGGCCGAUGUCAUAGCUGUUGUUUGUCGGGGACAAAUUAUUGAUCUCGGUACUCACGGACAGUUGCACGAAUUACAAGGAUGUAAUUACAAGUUGGUGAGAAGACGACAGAUGUAACAGUCGACCGUCAAUGAAUCUUAAAAAUUAUGUAAACAUACAAGACCAUUACAUUUGAAAUACACGUUUCUAUUAUUAAAAUAGCUAACAUCAAAAGUGUGCGGGUUUUGAGUUUAAGUCCGCGGAACGCUGGACGUUCGUCAAAACGAUAGUACGAAAUAUUUAUUACGCCGGUCGCCGUAGCGACGACCGUUAUUACAAAAAUAACACGGAUGUUAUUGAUGGUCUGAAAUAAUUCUAUCGGAAAACCGUUGGCUAGUUAAAUACACAAACAAAUCAACUGUUGCUUCGUGGAUACGGUAGCCGAAAAAGUUAACGAGGGCCCGGCAACCGAGUAAACAACCUUAGUGUGCGAUCCGAACAAAAAGGUAAAAAAAAAAAUUAAUUAAGAAUAUCAAAUUUAAAGUUCAAUACGCCUAAUAGUAUAAUUUAUGUUUUUGGUUUUAUUUCUUAUAGUCUUUUUUAUUCUCCCGCACAUUCGUGCGCGUAAUCGUCUUCGUAUAUCUUUCAAUACUGCGAUCAACAUGCUGUUCACCGUGGUUUCGCUAAUAGAGAGCGUGCUUUUCACGGCGAUCUUAAUGUUACUGGUACUGUGUUGGCUAUGCGAGGCAAAAGCGAACAUCGCCGUCGGAGUAUGGAACGCAAUCGUUCUAAUAAGGUACGGCUGGUAUAUCCGAAAAACCGUUUUAUGUUGUUUUUUGGCCGUUUCGUUAAAUGAGUAAUCGGUGUCUUGCAUCGGGCGAGUCUAUGCCAAUGGAGAAACGCACCCCGUCAUCGUUACUCGUCGGCGAAUAAAACCGACGACCGCGGUCCGCCUUUGCCGUCACUCACCGGCUGUUUUCCUAUGCGAAAUAUUCGCGAACAAUAUCGUUUCCCGUGUCCGCGACUGAGCUGGAUUUUUAUUCGGGUUUUAAUGGCCCGGCGUAGGUACCUACGGUUUUAUUCGCUGACGAACGGCGCGUGUGAACUCGCCGAACGUUGUCCGACGUUACUGCUAAAUGCCGGUAUAGCCGAUAUUGUACGGAUAUUUUUUUUUCUAUGUUAACUACCUAGGUAUAGAAUAUACAUUUUUAGUUGGUAUCUAUUGACCGAUUCAUCAUAUCGUUCGACCCGAACCGCCCCGGGGUCUAGAAACUCGAAAUUCAGCAGAAGUUUAUUGUAUUUCGUACAACGAUAAUAAAUAGGCAGCUGUAUACUAUAAAUUAUAGAAACGACAAGGGAUUUUUUGAUAUUCGACCACCGAUGACCGACGCUCGCACAUACGUUUCAUUCCUUAAAAUACGGAAAUUGCGAUUUUUCGUUUUUCUGUUUACUUCUGGAUUCUAUUUUUUAUGCAUGCGAGAAGAAAACUGUACUGUUUUCAUUUUGUUACAUUUUUUUAAUUCGAUCGUCGUAAAAUAAUCCACGUGCGUGAAAUUUUUCUCUGGCAAAACUGUUGCCUUCAAACGUUAACUAUACAAGUAAAGUACUAUUCGAAAUUUCUAUGAUCCAGCAUGAAACGAACGGUAGGUAAUGAUAUUACACCGCAAAAAUAUAGCGUCAUUAAAAUAUAUGUUAUAAAAUACAGAAACCUAUAUUGUUUUUUUUGUCUAAUAUCCUUCUGUGUUACAAGAGGGAAAAAAUCAAACUCAAUUGAUAAUAUAAUAAUGAAAACUUAUACACGUUUCUAAACGGAAAGUUCGAUCUCUAUUGUCCGGGGUUUCACUUCCUGCUCGAUUUGCGUCCUUACUAAUUAUUUAUAUGAUAAUAUUUUAAGAGUGUUAGAAAUGAUUGUAAUACAUAUUCGAUUUAUGAGUUUUCAAUUAAAUUACAGAAACAUUUGCCAAGUGAUAAUAAGGGAAGAGUGCACCACGGGCACAAAUGAGGAUCCGGAUGUCGGAGAACCCGCGUCAGCGGAUUCUUCCGUUAUUCAAGCUUGUGAUCAACCUUCGAGUUAUUUGACGGCUGAUUUCAUUUCACCGUCGUUCCCCCUCUACGUUUGGUUUUCUCAGUCGGGAGAUAAUGCCGCACAAAUUAUCGGUAAAUAUACGUUCUGGGAUAGACUUCUGUAUAAAAACUAUGACAAAUACUUACCUUCCUCCUAAUAAAUUAUUGUUGAUUUGACGUAGACGAAUCCUGCAUGGAGACAAUAAUUCGAGUGNAGGUAAUACUAUCGGUAUUCGUUGUGUGUAUUAAUUUUUUUUUAUCUUGUUACAAUUAUUUUUAUUUCCACUAUUUCAUUGUUACCAAUAUUUAAUAAUUUACCAUAAAGAAAAAAAAAUGUUUAUGUUACAAUGUGAUCAUAGUUAUGUAAUUUAAAAAAUUUAAUUGUUUUUUUAACAUUUCGCAGCAAAUGUAUAGGCGUAUUUAUUGCCACUUGCAUGAUCAGUUGGUUUGGUGGUACUAUCGUAUUGGCGAUUCGGAAUUGGAUAUUGUUGGGAAACUUUAUGGAGGGUUUAUAGUCCUUGGAAUGAGACUGUAAGUGGUUUUUUAUGGUUUCACUUAUAAGUCAGAUUGCAUAAUAUGUGUUUUUUUAGCAAUUUACCGGACGAUUGGAAGCCGAGUGCUAGAAUGAUUAUAAACCAUUUAGAAAAUGAUGAUGUUAAAUAUUUAAACUUCGCCCGAUCCGCGUUCAAACAGUUAAACCAAGAUUUACCGCAGGAGUACUCAAAUCUAAUCAAAGUAUGUUCAAAAAAAAAGAAAUUACUGUUAAUGUUUUAUUUAAUACUUAUACAAUUUUUUAGAAUAGUUAAUCGAAUUAAUAUUCGAUUCAUAGAUUAAUCAAUAUAGCAAAUAAUAAUAUAGUAAGCAACGGAAUAGCCAAUAAGUAUCGCAAAGUAUCAUUUCCGCAUCAGAAACUCGCGGUACGUACAAAACUCAGAUAAGAAUUACUUAACGACCACCACCACCAUAUUAUGUUCUUAAAAUAUGGUGGUAGGUAACACGUGAAUAGUGGGAGAAAACUGAGAUUUUGGUACGGCGAAAUGAUUCUCGUGAUAAUCUCUUACUAAUAUAUUAUAUUUUGCUACCGCAAAAUAUUUAUCUCAGGAGACUGCAGGCGUUUGUUCUGAUGGUUUUUUACGAUAUUACAUUUACCAAACAUACCGCAGGUAUAGGUAGCUGACAAUAAGUAAUAAAAUGUCAAAAAUAAAAUAAUUUAUCAAUAAAUAAAUAACCAUUUUGUGUUAGUGAAACUAUAAAAAUUUUCUCACAAACGAUAUUAUUAUAACCAAACGUACCUAGUAUUUAAUGUACCUACUUAUAUUUUCAGAAUAUGAUCGAUAAGCCACGGAUAACCGCUAUACGAAAAAAGAAGCCUAUUGUCUUGCCGUCCUAUGCGUAUAGCUAUGAGUAUUUGUGAAAUAACGUUUUUUACGUUAUUUGUCUUUAAAUUAUUGUUUGUUUAGUUGAUUACUUUGAUACGUUUUUUUACACCUUUGAAACCAAAGUUCAAUAUGGUCAAACGUUAAACGAAGAUUACGAAUCCAGAUUAUGUUAUUUUUAUUUUAUUAUUGUUUUUUGUAUUUGAUUACUUUGUUUGUUACAUUAUUUUUAUACUUUUGCUACUACAGUCAUACGUACAAUUAUGUUAUAAUUAUUUUUUUUUUAUUUGAUUAAUUUUUAUGGUACAUUCUUAUGCCUUUGUUAUUACACUUUGUUAAGUAUCUGAAUAAUACAUCUAUUCGCAUGUUGAUUUUUGGAAAUAUUUUGAUUUCAAUACUUAAACAAUACUGAAAGGAGGGUUCAUAAAGCUACAAUGUAACUGAUACAAAAUUUUGACUUUGACAUAAAAAAAUCCACUUAAUGUGCUAAAACCUGACUACAAAAAAAAAAAAAUACAAAAAAAAUACAAAAAACGGUUAAAAAAAUCAAAAUUGUACUAAAAGACUUAAUAGUUGAGGAUUAUAUUAUAAUGUAUAAAUUGUCAAUAUUUCAUCACAUAAGAGGUUUUGUUACUUACAAUUGUGUACCAAAAUCACAUACGAUUCAGUGUGACGCAUGAGAGGUUUUGUUUUUUAUUUUUCAUUAAUUCUUUCAUGAAAAUAUUAUCAUAUGAUAGGUUAUGUUUUUUUUUUAAUCCAGUAAUACCAAACCUCAACCUCUAAGGGGGUUUUUUACGUCAUACUUAUAAAUAUACUUAUUCAUAUAUAUUUAUACAUAUUUAUAUACAGUAUAGGUAUGCAACUAUAAUAUGAAAAUGUUUGUUUAAACAAAAUCGCUGUAUCCUAAUAAGCUCGACCGAUUUGUUUUUAUCAAGAAAUACAAUGUAAUAUGAUGAACAUCGUGAAAAAUGUACAAUUCAAUAUUGUGAAUAUUUUUGGCAGGCUGUUCGAUAUUUACCAUCAAACAUUCAUACACUAGAAAUACGUUUACUCGACAGCGAUUUUGAGGCAAAACCAUACCUAAUAGAUAAUACAAAUAAAAAAGUAGUGUUACUUUGGUCGACAUGGAAGAAACACUUUUUUUUCCUCAUUAAAGGAUAA